GGCCUGGCUGAGGGGAGGUGGCGGGAGGGCGCUAUGGCGGAGGCCGGGCCACAGGCGCCGCCGCCCCCGGGCACCCCAAGCCGGCACGAGAAGAGUUUGGGACUUCUCACUACCAAGUUCGUGUCGCUUCUGCAGGAGGCAAAGGACGGCGUGCUUGACCUCAAGCUGGCAGCUGACACCCUAGCUGUUCGCCAGAAGCGGCGGAUUUAUGACAUUACUAACGUGCUGGAAGGUAUCGGGCUGAUCGAGAAAAAAUCCAAGAAUAGCAUCCAGUGGAAGGGCGUGGGGCCUGGCUGCAAUACCCGGGAGAUCGCGGACAAGCUGAUUGAGCUCAAGGCAGAGAUCGAGGAGCUGCAGCAGCGAGAGCAAGAACUAGACCAGCACAAGGUGUGGGUGCAGCAGAGCAUCCGGAACGUCACAGAGGAUGUGCAGAACAGCUGCUUGGCCUACGUGACUCAUGAGGACAUCUGCAGAUGCUUUGCUGGAGACACCCUCCUUGCCAUCCGGGCCCCAUCGGGCACCAGCCUGGAGGUGCCCAUCCCAGAGGGCCUCAAUGGGCAGAAGAAGUACCAGAUUCACCUGAAGAGCAUAAGUGGCCCCAUCGAGGUGCUGCUGGUGAACAAGGAGGCAUGGAGCUCACCACCUGUGGCGGUACCUGUGCCGCCACCCGAAGAUCUGCUCCAGAGCCCACCUACUGUCUCUACCCCUCCGCCUCUGCCCAAGCCUGCUCUGGUCCCGCCCCAGGAUGCCUCACGCCCAAGCAGUCCCCAGGUGACCACCCCCAACCCUGUUCCCGGCAGCACCGAAGCCCAGGGGGUGGCCGGUCCAGCCGCUGAGCUCACAGUGAGUGCUAUCCCUGGAACCGAUAACAAGGACGGUGGUGAGCUCAGCUCCCUCCCGCUAGGCCUGACAGCACUGGACACCCGGCCGCUGCAGUCCUCUGCCCUGUUGGACAGCAGCAGCAGCAGCAGCAGCAAUAGCAGUUCAUCCGGACCCAACCCUUCUACCUCCUUUGAGCCCAUCAAGGCAGACCCCACAGGUGGACUCAUUCUCCUCGGCCCUCAAGCACUGCUAAGUCUCUCCUCGUUAAAUGACACUUCAUCGCCUGUGUCUCUCUCUUUCUUCUUCCCUAUAUCCUCUGUGUUUGGACUCCUUGAUAAAGUCAUCUCCAUUCUACUCCAUACCCUGGUCUCCUAGUCAGCCUUCGGGUUGCGGCAGUCAGGACCCCAAACCCCCACCCCAUGCUACACCAGUGCUACUCUUGAUAAGUUGCCCAGCUCUGACAGCCAGCUCCAGCAGGUUUCUGGCCAAUUUGCUCUGGUGCUCUCCUGCUCUGUGUUGAUGCUCUUUUUUCUCCUUUGGCAUUAACGAUGUCAGCUCUUGGUUCUUCUCCCUUAAUUGGCUUCUUCUUCUGACCUCUCCCUGGCAUGGCUUUAAAUCUGGUUUCUCAGAUCUCUGGCUCAUUCCAAACCUGUGGAGGGCCCCAGUUCUGGGUAGAUGAAUCCCAGCCUCCAUCUUGCCUAGGCCUUUUGCCUGAACUUUACCUCUUGUGUCCACGUGCCUUCCUCUGCACAUCCAGUGGGCACUUCAUUCCCAUGUGUCCUCAACUGAAACUUGGAUUUCCACCUUUGUGCAUACCCGACCACUGGCCCUAGUCACCCAGGCCUGACACCUGGGGUCAACUCCAGCUCUAUCUCCUCCUCCCUCCUUGUCCUGCUCCCCACCCCACAUCAGCUUAGUGAGUUCUCUUGCAGACAUCCCCCAUGGAUGGCCUCAUGUAUCCUAACACUCAGGAUCACUGCCAGCCACCUCUAUCCUAAGUUCUUCAGCAUCUUCUUCACCCCGACUGACAAGAAUCUGUUUGAAACACAGCCUGACUGGCAUUUCUCUGUUUACAAAAUUACCUUUAACAGCUCCCAAAGGUCUGCUGGAUAAAACCAGAGCCCCUAAACCUGGCAUAUAAAAUCCCUCGUGAUCCAGCUCCAGCACUCCUUUCCUCUGUUUCCCAUGUGUGUCCUCCUGGUUAGACCUUUGUAGCAGUGUCAUCACCCUGUAGCACUAUCCCCUAUUUAAGAAUGCCUCCUCCUCUGCCAGGUGACUGGCCUGGGCUGUGGUCUCUGAGCCUGGCACCAAGUAGGUGCUUAGCAAGGGCAGGGAUGGACAGGACAUUCUCUGUCAGACAGGGCAUCCUGCAUCAGACAGAGUAUCCUCCAUCAGACAGGGUAUGUACUCUGAGCUUAGAAAUGGAGAGGGUGUGCUGCCCUUCUGCCAAACCACUGAGUUAGAAGGGCUGUACCGAUUACCUACAGUGGUCCUUUGGCACCGAGGAAUUCAGGUCUGGUAGGGGAGACUUGCAGACAGUGCCGGCUUGGUCUGGUGCAGGGCCUACAUCUCAGCUGUGUGGAGCCCCUGGGUGGGUGAUAAAGGAUCUGGGGAAGUGGGGGCUAGAGUGGGACCAGGCUGGAUCUCUGUGCCCUUGAGCAUGGCUUUCUUGUC